AUGCUUAAGCGACUGGUGAAUUCCCGGCUGGCUGAUCCACUGACGGUAUGGAACAGGAUUCCAUUUAAGCGCAGGGCGGCGGUGUAUGUAACGCUAUUCGACAACCGCCAAGGUGUACUAAGCUGCCUGGUGACAGUGCGAUCCAAGCAAAUCAGCUAUGGAGGUGAUGCAGCAUUCCCCGGCGGCAAGGCUGACGAUGCUAACGAAUCACCGGUGGAAGUGGCGCGGAGAGAGGCAUAUGAAGAAAUCAGGUUUCCUCUAGGUUCCGAUCUCCCUGGCGGAUCUUCAAUUGAGGACAUAUGCAUGCUUCCAGCGUACAUGAGCUCGAGGUUUUUGGCGGUUGUUCCUUGUGUGAGCUAUUUGAAGGUUCCUCGAGAUGAAUUGAGUCGAGCCAAUAUUCCCAAGUUCCUCGGCAAAGGUCCAUGGUCCAGCGAAGUUCAUAGUAUCUUUACUGCGCCGUUGUCUUCUUUUCUUACCCCGCAAUUCUACGAGUACAAGAGGGAGAACUGGGGAGGGUUAUGUUUUCAUCAGCACUAUAUCAAAAUCCCGCCUAUGGAGAAGAAAGUCGGCGAGCCGGAUAAAAUUGUCGUGUGGGGGUUGACUGCCAACAUUUUGAUUGAUGUAGCACGGCUAGUUUUCAACAGGGAGCCCUCUAUGCCUCAUCGUCCCGUUGGUAGUAUCGGAGAUCAGGAUCUUUUGACUGCUUUGAUUGAUCACGGGUACUUUGAUGAUGAUAUACCUCCAAAGCAUAUCAACUUCGCCAAGGUGUUUGCUGGAGACCCUCUUCUGCACUCCAGAUCGCCUGUUGCGAGUACAACCCCGCAGGGACCAUUUGAUGCAUAA